GCAAAGGUUGAGUCACCUUUUAACUGCAUUGUAACCACACUUUUAACUUGGUAUCCAGGCACUAAACGGAUACGGACAAGCUAGCCUCGGACGUGCCGAAUGGAAGCCGAAUAGAACCGAGUGAGUAUUGGGCAUGCCGAUUGUUUAAUUUCCGGUCGGCUGCUUGCCGUCUACCUGCCUCAUCCUGCAUCGUUAGCUUUUAUUGUGGUAGUUUGGACUUUUGCCUGUGUAGUUUCAAAAGGGCUUCCAAACAUGAGUGUUUUAAACUCCGUUGUGAUUUUGUCAUUGUUUAGCGUUUCUCUCUUUGUGAAUUCAAAUGCAUCGGUUUGGCCUUUACCGACCUCCAUCUAUCUCUCCGGACCUCCUCUUCCGAUUUCGCCAGUUUUUACCUUCAAAACCUCAUCAACAUCGUUCGUCCUCAAGCGUGGAAUCACUCGCUACUUGGAGAUAAUUCUGCAGCAAAUUGCUGGGGAAAACGUGGAUCACCAUCUCAGAGCUAACCAAACCCUGAGUGAACUUGUCUUGAGUGUUCGCAGUGACAACGAAAGUUUGCAAGUUGAUACUUCCUACUGGUACAUUUUAAAAGUAAGCAACGGAAAGGCUAGUAUUGAAGCGAAAACCCCUUAUGGUGCACUGUAAGUGACGUAAAAUAUACUUAACUAAUGUAAUGUAUAGUCAUACUCCAGGCCUCCCUCGCCUCACCUUUCCCCACCCCACUCUAAAACAUUUUUGACAUGCUGUUCUCCUCAGGUAUCAGAUUCAAACCGAGAGGGGCUGGGUACGAAUUCCUUAAACAGCACGAGGCCUACAUAGUCAGAAAGAGCACAUUGAAGUCAGCAACAUUCUCAAGCUUGGUGUUUAUAUUAGGCCCAAGUUGUUCAAGAGAAGGAUAAUGCUAUCCACAGGAUAAAUCUCUAUCCAUUGGAUAGCGCAAAUGGCUUCCCCAAUAUUUAUCGGGUGGAUAGUGAUUUAUCAGGUGGAUAGCACUAUCCAACAUUUGAACAACCUGGGCCAGGCCUAUAUUGAAUGAGAUACAGUGUACACUGUAUAGCCAUUCAAAAACUCCAAAAUUAAAUAAGAAAUACUGUUUAUAUAGACGUCCAGAAGGUGUGUCCCCCAAUCCAUACAUCUCUUUGUAAUUUUCAAGUUUAUAAAUAGCUGUAUCUUGUUCAAUAUUGGCCCAAUCGACACCAGACUACAGAUUUUUCCUAAUCUCAAUGGGCUCUUUCUGACUUAUGUGCUUCCUCGUGUUGUUUAUCCGAUAAUAAACUGGCUCGUACCCAGCCUUCUUUAGUUUGAAACUAGGCAAGACCCUAGGCAAUAGACUCUGACAACUCCUUUGCAAAGACAAAUUGAGAUUUGAAGGAAGAUAGUGAUUCCAAAUCCAUUUAAGACACCCUGUGCUGUCAGCAGAUAUAGCCAGGACCCAUGGUGAGUUGAACCUGUGAUCAGGCCUGAUUAAGCAUUUUAUUUUUGUGUUUCGAGAAGAGAUAGAAAAAGAGAAUGCCUGAUACCAACAUAUGACAACCAUAUAUCCCACAUAUAGCAUUAUCCACCCCACACCCCCCCCCCCCCCCUUCCUCGCUUCUGGGUUACAACCCUGUUCUGGGGGUCAAGUUGAAAUCCGGAGUAGGAUAGGCAGGAUCUUGAAGGUGGAUGCCAGCCAAUCUAAAUACACUUAAUUUUAGCAGAUAUUAAAAGUGUGAAUUUGCCUCCUCUUGCAGGUAUGGAAUGGAAACUUUUUCUCAACUGAUUGUAGAUGGAAAUUUGAUAAACAGUACAGUCAACAUUGGCGACCAACCACAAUAUGUUCACAGGGGCCUUAUGUUAGACACUGGGUGAGCAUCAUACAUUCAUCUCUCAAUAUGAUUUGUAAUUCAGUGGUGGUUAAAAGGUUUUGUUGCCAUUGAUUGUAUAUUUUUUUUACAGGCGUAGGUAUUUUCCCUUUGAGCUUGUGAAGAACAUUUUGGACGGCAUGAGCUUUGUGAAGUUAAAUGUGCUUCACUUGCAUAUAUUGGACUGGUGUAGAUUCAGUGUACAGAGCAAACUGUGAGUAUUCAAAGUACAGUCGAAGCUUUCAUAAGCAACCAACCAAAAUGGCAAGAACUCCCUGAUUUCUAAUAAAAAAAAUACCCUAUUGCAGACUAAACUGUUUGAAAACCAUUCCCUUCACAGCGGCACAUGUCGAAUAGUAAGUUUAUAUCCUGUGUAUUCCAGUACCCCCUGGUACCACCUGGUUGAGUAGGCAUUUAUGGGGAGGGAUGAAAUACAAGCUGCCGUAAAUAAGCCUGCAUGAAAGGCUAUCUGAAACUGUGCCUUGAGUUAGUAAUUCAUUCUUUGGAUUGUAGGAAUGUUACUUUUUGAAAUUGAAGUACAAAAUUUAUGUUAUUUAUGUGUUUCAUCUUUUCUCUUAUUCUUUUCAGUUACCCAGAACUACAAGAAAACACAACUCAGUUUUAUACCCAGGAGCAAAUCAAAGAUUUAGUAUCUUAUGCUGGUGACAGAGGAAUAAGAGUUAUUCCAGAGGUUGAAUCAGCGUAAGUUUGCAAUUAAAAAUCAAGAAGGGUAGCAUAGACCUUAAAAAGCUUUGUUUAUGCAUGGCUAGUCUCGUUCUCUCUACGAGGCUAGCUGUGCACAAACAAAGCUUUUUAAAUCUCCUGCUCAGACAAAAUGGCCGCCACUUGACGAAGGUCUAUUGAGGCAUUUUAUGGCUGUGGAGGGGUGGGGAAGGGGAGGGGGGGCAAGAGGCUUGCACCAAACACUAGAUUCCCUUGCACGUUCUGUCUGUGAUAGAACAGUCAGCUACCUAGUAAUCAGUGGAUAAUAUUGCCCGACUUCAACAAAGAAACAUUUAUUUCAAUAAUAGAGGGUGGAAAUUAAGGCUCUCAGACAUCAAGUCUUUAUGUACAUGGACUGUAAGUGUCAGCAUGUCUGUGGUCCGUGUGUAGUAUUAUUGCUAUGUUUUACAAGUCUUGUAAGGUUACGUUGUUCCUGUUUUUCCCCCUCUGGAAGCAAACAAAACACACUUAAUUGUUUGUCAGUUAGUUUAUUCCAUGUUGUAAUGUUAUAUUUGAUAUUAUGCAGUUCCCAUGUUGCUGGAAUGAUUGGUCUGAUCAACAAAACAAAAGGACUGAGAUUCUGCAAUGAUUCAGGAUUUCUUGAACUCUAUAAUGACCCACAGGUAAGAUUAACCCUUUAAAGCCCCAAUAUCCACAUACAAAUUCCCCAAACUGAUCUCUAUACAUUUCCUUUAAGAAUUAGUUAAGAGAAUUUGAUAAAAGAUCAAAGUAUUUUCUCUUAGGUGAUCAUUUUAUUAAUUCUCAUAACCUCAUCUCAUGACAAUGUAUGGAUAUCGUUAGGAGAAAAUUGAUGUUGGUCACUAUUGGGACUUAAAGGGUUAACUGCAAUCAACUCUCAGAGUUUCCAUUUAAAAUAUCCAUGACUACUGAUGACUAUUGCUGAUUAUCUGUUUGGCUACAUAAGAAAAUUUUUUAACCAAGGAAGGCAAACCUCGAGAUUUCUAUUGACAGGCAGUUGACAAGGCUGAUUAAAGCGCUGAGUGAACUACCAAAGCAAGUAGAAAAAGUGGAGACUGUUGGAGCCUUCUUAUUGCUUUAAUUUUUUAAAGUCUUCUCAUGCCUGUCUAAUAUUCUACUACGAAGCUGAAUUGAUGUGCUAUUUAAUAGCAAAGUUUUCAAGAAAGUAAAUAAAUCCAUUGUUUUUUGUUCAUAUGGAGGCCCUGCCGGGGGAGGGGGGGGGUCAAUUAUGUCGCCCAUCUGAAUUUUAAAAUGUCUCGUGUCCAGCCUCCUCCUCAGGCGCUUCGUUUUUCGCAUGGCAGAGGCGAGUGCGAAACGAGUGACUGGUGAUGAACCGCACAUUUUCAUCAAAAGAGAGACGUCUGGGUACGAGGCAGUCUCGUGUCGGUGUUUAUAAAUGCUUGUUGCUUAUUGUCGGCUUUUUCCGUCACUGUCACAAUUUGGCCGGGGGAGGUUGUCUCUUGUCACGAUUUCAUUUUAGGCACUGUCGCUACUUUUUGGGCCACGUUGCUUGUCGGAAUUUACCCUGGCAGGGCCUCACUAUUAAAGUGUUAUUUGGUGAUCUGGUUUCCCCUCAGGACUUGGCAAAAGUCCUCAAGUUGAAGUGUCCUCUAUUAAAUUAUUACAAAACACCAAUUAAUCAAUUAAUUAUGUAGCAGAUUUAACACUAAAAGCCUCUUUUCAUAAGGCUUGAUUAGUUUAAAAGAUAUAAUUUAUCAUUAUGAGAAGGUUUUUCCGUAGUUUGAGUCCUUUAGUUAAUACAUGUUAGCAGUGUUUGUUUACUUAGACAUGUAUAUGAUAUCCAAUUAGUAUCAUUAUUAUUACUAUAAUAAUAAUAAUAAUAAUAAUUACAAUAAUAAUAAUAAUAAUAAUUAUUAUUAUUAUUAUUACCAUUACUUUUAUUAAUGAGUCUUAUGGUGUACUUGCUGCAACAAGGGAGUAACUCUUACCACAAUGAAAAAUAUCCUUGAAGAAAUGAUGACAUUGUUUCCAGACCAGUUCUUUCACCUGGGUUUAGAUGAAGUUACAACAUCCACUUUGUGCAGCAUACAAAGUAGGUUAAUUUAAUUACAGAAAGUUGAUUGUGGCAUAAUAAAAACUUUGAAACAUAAUCACUCUUUAACGUUACAUGUAUAUGUUAAUUUCUACUUAAUUUUUUAUUUCAGGUAAUUUUUCUUUUUCUUUUCUUUUUCGGAUGUGGGAAUGUAUGCUAAUAAAGUUGAAACAAAAGAAAAGUAAAAAUUACUUGAGAUAGAAAAAGUAGCUAAGUUGUAACAUAUAUAUUCUUAAAAUAAUUAAAUUAGGUUGACGUUUGUUACUAAUGAAUAUAUAAUUAUUGUAACUUCUCAUUUUGAAAUAAUUGAAGAUAGUGUGGUUUUUCAUUAAUAGCUAAGGACAGUUUUGGGAGGAGGCAUUUAUUUGAAAGUUGGUCAAAUGUGACAAAAGGAUUUUUUAACUAUGACAUGUUUAUUUUUUGUAUUAAACUACAGAAUUAGUAUCUUUUGAUGUCAAUAAUUUAAUCAGUCUUAAUGGUGUAUUAUAAAGACUAACUGACUGCGGCCCUCAUUUGGGGGCAGCAUUUAUUACCUCUUUGUCCAAAAUGCAGCAGUUAAUUCGAGUGAAUGCUGGAUGCAAGCUUUCAUCACGUAGUAGUGAUUUCCUUUAAGUUUGACAUAGUAUGUUGUCAAGCAUUAUUUCAGGUAAAAGCAAAUCUCUGUAAAUGCAAUAACUUGGGUGGUUAUUUUCUACACAGAUACCAAAAGCCUAGAGCAAGAACUAAUGAAGUUUCUAGAACAGAAAGGAAAAAUUCCAUAUGCCUGGCAAGAGGCUUUGAUAUCAACUUCUGCUGUAAGCAUUAAGUAUUAUAUAUAUUAUAUAACAUGCAUCUCUUUUGCCUGGAUGAGGUCAGCUGUUUUGUGAAAAUGUCCGUGCAGAUUACUGGGUGUUAUUAAAUCUUAUUUAUUUUAUUUAUGACUUAAUCUCAUUAAUUUUAUUGAUAAUGAUUUCAUCAUAGGCAAUAAAAGGAACAGUGCUCCAGGCAUGGAAAGGCUCAGUAGUAAAAACCCUUAUAGAUGGCGGAUUUCAAGUGUAAGCAAGAAAGAAAGCUGACUGUACAAUAAAUUAUAUCAAUUUUGACAUUAAUUAACAAUAUUUUUGAUUGAGUAAGACUGGUAAAGUUGAACUUCUAAAGUAAUAAGUUGUUUUCCCUUAACAAAACUUUAAUUAGAAAACAAAAAAAAAUUGGCAUUUUACUGAUCCUUAUUUGAUCGGUUUGCGUAGGAGAGGUUCGUCUAUAUUGUUAUUCAUCUCCAUCUUGUUUUUCAAUUUGACAGGAUCAACUCUCUGAGUGGCAACUUUUACCUAAGUAGCCUUGUGGAUUUUAGUGCACUAUGGACUAAUAUUACAGCUGGGGUAACUACCAUUUAUAAUAACAGUAAAGUCUUUAUUUUAGUUUGAACUUGUCCCCAGGGGCUUCUCGGUUUUGAAAACGAGAAGACCCUAGAAAUGAGUUUGCAAAUUUUCAGACAAAUGGUCUCUAUAAGAGGAAAGACACUUAGCAAUACAAAUUUAGCAGCUUCAAGGCAUAUUAAAAGAGAUCAAAGGCUCACUUCCGGUUGACAUUGCGUCGCUCAAAAACGCCUUUGCUUAAACCCCCUAAUGAAAUAGAAGACAAACAUGAGUGAAUCUUCAAAAUAAUCCAUUGACCCUUGAAAUCUUUUGAUAGUACAAGUAUAAGCGGUACAAAAGAUUUGAAUGGAAAUAACUGCAGACAAGUGACUUUUGCAGGAAUUGUUUUUAAAGUUGGCCCAACUUUUUCAAGUUUCAAUCCAUUUCUAUCCUUGCCAUCCGUAGUAACAGGCAAAAGGAAAAAUAGUCAGUGAAUAGUAAAUUACAAAACUAGACCAUUAAUCUUUGGAAUUCAAUUAGUACAAAGACACGUUUUAGCUAAAAGGAUAGCAAAUAGCGCGAAAUAACCCUUAACAUAUCUUUUGCUGUGUCUGUUUGCCUUAUUUUGAAGUUAAAUCCAGAUGAGAUGACAUUUGUUCUGGGUGGUGAGAUGGCCAUGUGGACUGAUGAUUACUGCUUUGUAGAUCAGUGCUUUCUGUACAAGCGAGGAAAAUCUGAUGCAUGGUGGAUGUUUGGACCCGAGAGCGAUUCACAAUUUACUGAGUCAGUGAGUGGAAUUGUAAGUAUCUGUGGUUGUAAAUACAAUAAAUUUCCUCUUAUGAGCUCUCCGCCCCCCAAAUGAAAAGCGCCCCCACUGAGUUACCAGCCCAUUUCCCUGUAAACAAAACAAUACAUCCGCGGUUAUAAGCCUCCCUCCCCCCACGAAUAGGUUCCCCCAGUUACAGGUCCAUUUACCUGUAAAACAACAACAAAACGACACAUCUGGCCAUAAGUCCCCUCCCCGGGUAUAAGCCCCCUCUCCCCCCACUUAUAAGUUUCCCCAGUUACAGGCUCAUUUACCUGUAAACAACAAAAGACAUCCAGAUAUAAGCCCCCACCUCCCGAAUCUUGCCCCCUUUUUGCUUUAAAAUCCCGAGUCCUGGCCUUCAAAGAAGAGGAAUCCCACAUCCCAAAAAACCUAUUAAAGACCCUCUGUAUGGGGCCUGAUUCCAAGGGACAAGCUCGCCAGGUUUGCCAUGCUGGCUCUCUUUAGCAAGUUUGAUUAACUGUAUUCCAGAAUAAUAAUACAUGGAACUAACUCUUCAAAUCUCUUGUUUUAGUUUUCAUUAGAUGGUAAAAUCCAGAAAUCUGGUGGAGACUUGAUUCCGCACACAUUGCUGUUAGCAAUGUGCACCGUUUUCUGUUCAUUUUAACAACAAUGGGUGACAAAAUUAGUUGAGGUGGUUUGUUCCAAUGGGCCUUUCUAUGGCAUUUUACUGCCUGGAACUUAUAUAUAUGUGGGGGGACACUCCGCUAUAUGCUAAUGAGAUAAUGAAAUUUCAGAUUUGGCCCAGUGCCAUUGUUGGAGCUGGUUCAUUUUGGAAUUAUCAGUCAAAACUAACUCCUGAUAGCAAAGAGUUCACGAUGAUGAUAGAUACCCAGCACAAGGUGAGUCGUUGUGUUAGAUUUAUCGAGCAACUUAUAAUUGUCCUGACCUGAUUGGUCAAAUGUAUUGUCUACUACUGGUAAGGUCACAGAGCGAAGUUAAAAGAAAUUGAGCGAACUUUCUGCACAUCCUUCAACCGCCAGAGGGCGCCCGUGUGUAACCACGUCCCUUUUACCACUCAUGACGUCAUCAUUUUAACGGUCAUUGCCCAACCUCGUUUCCAGUGUUCUCUCUCUUGCUUCGAGAGACAAUCUUUCUUUCUUGAAGCAAGAGAGAGAACUCAUGGGAACAAGGAUGGUCAUUGUCGACUUUGAUACUUAACUUGUGCAGGGGAACAAGAUCUUUAAAACCAUACCCAAAUAAGCGUCGUUCAGCGAAACAUAAACGAGUAAAUGGGCAACAAAUAACGUAACUUUAACUAGAAAAUAUUCCAAUGAAACUCUUGUUUCACAAGCCCACUGAAAUGCCUUGAAAUGCACUUCUUGAACUUCGGGGAUUUUGCGAAAACCUCUUCCUGCUAAAAGUAAAGCACUGUAAAAACCCAGGGACAGAAAAAAAGGCUUGGGAAAAGCGAAUAAAUCAAGGAGGAAAAAAUUGCGCAUGCCCUAACUUCGAAAGUGUAAUUUGGGUUUUUGGCAUGAGGAUCGAGUAAAUUACAAAGCAAACAAAGCGUACAGAUUGAAUGAUAAUUAAAAACAAUUAGUGAGCUCGGUUUGAAAAAAAUAAAAUAAUGGUUUCUUAUUGUCUCACAGAUCAAUUAUUUGCUACUUCCGCGCUCGGCAUAAACCAAUAAUUGAUUUGUUCGCAAAUGAUCGUAACUGACGAAACACAUAACUUUUAAUUUCUCUCCCUCCUUCAAUAAUUGUUAAUUGUUUGUUCUUGUAGAGAAUGGUGCAGCGUGGCAUCCUUACUUGUCCUUCCAGGUGUAAAUGUGAUGUCCUCACUAGAUGUGGUCAAAAGUAUCCGCAGCCCUAUGGACUAAUUCUUAGAAUAAGUUAGCUUAGGAAGAGUGAUUUUACGUGACAUAUCUUAUUUAUCUUAUCAAGAACUCCACGCACCGAAAGGUUUAGAGCAUAAAAUUUGGCUUAAGUUCACAAGUUUUGCGACAAAAUACCUGUUAGAAUAGUUCUUGAUGUGUUCUUGCAUGUGUUCGGGUUUUCCAAAGCGUCUUAAAAUGCCCUGCCCUGACAUCUUCAUUCAUAACAUUUGGAAUUUUCUACGCCAUAUUGGCACUGAAACGUACGGAACGUUGCCAUGGCAAUUUUGUAAUUUCACAAGUGAAAUUAUAAAUUAACGCUGUUAUACCACUACAUGAGAAAUUUCUGCAAUUUGAUUGGCUUAUAACUUAUAGAUUAAUUUGAAAUACCUACAUGUGAAAAUUACAAACCUUUUGACGGCAGUAGUAUAAACAAAUAAUAGCAUGAUUUGUACGUAA